AUGAUGAGUUCUAAUCAGGAGGAAGUCACUUUGGGCACUUUCCUCCAGUAUAUUGAAGAUAUGGGCAUGAAGGCCUAUGAUGGUUUGGUUAUACAGAAUGCAUCUGACAUUGCUCGAGAGAACGAUCGGAUGAGGAAUGAAACGAACCUGGCUUACUUGAAAGAAAAGAAUGAAAAACGUCGGAAACAAGAAGAAGCAAUAAAACGCUUAGGUGGUGAAGUGGUGAGAGGAAAUGAAGGAAGCUACAUUGGCAAGCAUUUCCGCAUGGGAUUUAUGACAAUGCCCGCCCCUCAGGACAGACUGCCUCAUCCUUGUUCGAGUGGCUUUUCCGUGCGAUCCCAGUCGCUUCAUUCUGUUGGAGGUACCGAUGACGAAAGCAGUGGCUGCUCCCGCAAACAACCCCCACCGAAACCGAAACGAGAUCCCAAUACCAAACUAAGCACAUCCUCUGAAACUGUAAAUGCUGGAACAACAAGUAAGGGUGGAAAGUUUCCAGACCGAACUGAAGUGUCGGCCAAACCAAGGCCUCACAGCGAUGAAUACACAAAGAAGGUUCCUCCCCCUAAGCCGAAACGGAACCCAAACACUCAGCUAAGUGCAUCUUUUGAUGAGACGUACAUCAAAAAACAUGGCCGCACAAAGUCAACACUAAGCAGGGAUACCUCCUUAUCACAGGUCAGCAGUCCUGCUCCAGAUACUGAGGAAGACGAACCGGUUUAUAUCGAAAUGGUCGGAAAUAUACUUAGAGACUUUAAAAAAGAUGAGGAGGAUCAAAGUGAGGCAGUAUAUGAGGAAAUGAAAUACCCCAUCUUUGACGAUGGAGGCCAAGAUUCAAAAUGUCCAUGUGAGUAUGACCAUCACAGCUGUUCUUCUCAGUGUGCUACUCCCACAGUGCCUGACCUUGAUUUCACCAAGUCCUCAGUGCCAUCCACUCCCAAGGGUGUGCUUUGUGAUAUACCCCCACCAUUUCCAAAUUUGCUUUCUCAUAGACCUCCACUCCUGGUAUUUCCACCUGCACCAGUGCAAUGCUCCCCAAAUUCUGAUGAAUCUCCUUUAACACCACUGGAAGUCACAAAGCUUCCUGUGCUAGAAAACGUGUCUUAUAUCAAGCAGCAAGCUGGAGCUUCUCCAUCGUCACUGCCACCUCACACGCCAAGUCAUCAAAAACUGGAGAAAGACCAGACAGCAUCUCAUGGAACUAGUACUCCAGGACAUUCUUCUUCCCCUCCACAUCCUUCCACCUUAUACAGAACACAGUCUCCGCAUGGCUAUCCCAAAAGCCACUCUGCCUCCCCCUCUCCUGUGAAUAUGGGUCGGUCACUUACCCCCUUAAGUCUCAAAAGACCUCCUCCUUACGAUUCUGUACAUUCAGGAAGUCUCUCAAGAAGUUCUCCAUCAGUGCCUCAUUCUACAGCCAGGAGCAUAUUGCAAGAAGGAGGGAAAAUGGUAAACACCUCUGUCAAUACCUACGGGUCAUCAUCGCAAAGUAGUUCCCGUUCUAGAACACCUACCAGUCCUCUAGAGGAAUUAACCAGCCUUUUUACCUCAGGACGAAGCUUACUGAGGAAAUCCUCCAGCGGAAGAAGAUCUAAAGAGCCUGCAGAGAAACCAUUAGAUGAGCUGAAGAUCAGGAGCCACAGCACUGAGCCACUACCAAAGCUGGAAAACAAAGAGAGAGGAGGUCACCAUGGGGCAUCUUCCUCCAGAGAGCCAAUCAAAGCUCAGGAAUGGGAUGGCACACCAGGACCCCCGCUUGUGUCUAGCAGACUCGGAAGGUCUUCUGUUAGUCCAACCAUGUUGGCAGGAAAUAAUAGCUCAGUGCUACUCCUGUGCUGGUCCCAGAACACCAGAGACAAAAUAGAGCCGAAAGCAAGCUGCAGAUUAGGACGAUCUGCAUCCACAUCCGGUGUGCCUCCUCCCUCCGUUACUCCUCUCAGGCAAGCCAGCGAUCUGCAACCGAGCCAGAAUCAACCCCACUGCACACCCAAUAGGAGAGGGAAGAAACCCACCAGAACCAGGAGAGAACAACCACUUCCACAGCCUAGUAGCGUAAACAAUUACAGUAAAGUGACAUGUAUGCAGUGGUUGCACGGAGACCAUACAAUGCUGGAAAUGAUUGAGAAAAAGCGUUGCCUGUGCAAAGAAAUCAAGGCACGGCAGAAAUCCGAGAAAGGACUUUGCAAACAGGACAGCAUGCCUAUCUUGCCGAGUUGGAAGAAGAACACAGGGUCCAAGAAGUACAGCCCCCCUCCGUAUUCCAAGCAACAAACCGUUUUCUGGGACACUGCAAUAUGAUAGGAGCGUGAGGGGCUAUCUUCCGCACAUUGCUACAAACAUGCACUGUCAGCCUAUCUUCCUAAUAAGGUGGUGGCUGGGACUUAAUUUUCAGGUGAAGAACUACCUAGGGAUAAAGCUUGCUAAAGCGGUACCCACCUGUCAAUCAAAAGAAAAAUCUAUGUCUCCCACUAAAUGAAGGCAUGCACAAUUUUGAGGAUUCUUUGGGAUCCAGAAAAAAAGAAAGAAAGAUGUAAAUAUUUUGCCAAUCUCUUAAAAAAAAACCUGAGACAAUACACUAUUUAAAAUAUAAU